AUGGGAAAGUCUUUCGACACUUACAAUUUUGGAUUGUUAGAGCUUGAAGAAGAUGACAUAGAGAAAGGAAUGAAAGAAAUCGAAGAAGAGCGUAAAGAAAUAAAUGCAGUUAAUUUACUUAAUAAUGAACAGAAAAUUGCCUACAAUAAAAUUUAUAAUAGAGUCCUUGAUAAUAAACCGACUGCUUUCUUUGUUGACGGCCCUGGUGGUACAAAAAAGACUUUUUUAUAUUCUACAUUACUUGCCAAUGUAAGAGCAAAAGGAAUGAUUGUUUUAGCAGUUGCGAGUUCUGGCACUACUUCAUCUGGUCUGUCUGGAGGUAGAACUGCAACUUCUCGAUUCAAAUUACCUUUAGAUGUUGAUGAGAUUCCGAGUCUAAGUAUUUCCAACGAAAGUGCUCUAGGACAACUUAUUCAUCCUGCAAGACUUAUUAUAUGGGAUGAGGCGCCAAUGGAAAAGCGUCAAACAAUUGAAUACUUUGACAGAUUGCGACAAGACGUCUGUUCAAACAAAGUUAAAUUUGGUGGAAAAGUUGUUGUAUUUGGUGGUGACUUCCGACAAGUGCUACCUGUUAUACCGAAUGGAAGUCUGAGUGAGGUUAUUGCAACAAGUUUCGUGAUGUAUCCCUUAUGGUAUGCACUCCAAAAGAUCCACCUAACACAAAACAUGCGAGCAAUCGAUGACCCACCUUUUUGUAAUCUUGUCCUACAAAUCGGGAAUGGCAUACCCCCUUAUGAAAAUGGGAAAAAUAUAAAGCUACCUAAACCUUUAGUCGUACCGUGUGACAGUGAAGACUCAUCUCUGCAACUCUUAGUAAAAAGCAUAUACCCUGAUAAUUCGAACACAACUUCUGAUUCUUUCCUUGCAACAAAAAUAGCUAUUUUAACUCCAAAAAAUGAACAUGCUACAAAGAUAAAUUCUCUUUUAGUACACCAAAGCCAGGAAGAGCUUAUGAGUACAAAAGUUAUGACAGCUGCAUAG